AUGGUGGAGGCACAGAAAGCUAUUCGCUCUGUUGUGGUGAACUUAAGCCCGAACAAGAAGAGUGAUGAUCAGCAGAUGGAUCUGUUAAAUGUGGUGUUUGUGAUCGUGGGUCUGGUGUUUACUACUUUGGCUCUGUUGACUUUUGCUUUCUGUCGAUGGAAACCUGGAAUGAACAAUGUAGCUCGAAUCAACCUCUGCAUCAGUCUGCUGUCUGCUCAUCUUCUGUUCUUACUCACACAACAAUUCAUCAAUCUCAUAAAACCUCACAAGGAGUUGUGUGCUGUGAUAUCAGGCGUUCUUCACUUUUUCUUUCUCUCGUGCUUUGUGUGGAUGUUCAUUGAAGCUGUGCUGCUCUUCAUCUCUUUGAAGAACCUAUCACAGAUCAGCUCCAGAUGGAGGGCUGUGCUUAGCAGUAGAUUCUUGAUUGUGAUUGGAUAUGUGAUUCCUUUCAUUAUAGUAAGGGUGUCUGUUGGACUGGUUCCUGAAGGCUAUGGCAGUGAACAAUGCUGGAUAAAAGUGGAGAGAGGCUUCAUCUGGAGUUUUCUGGGACCUGUUUGCUUCAUUCUUGCAAUAAACACGAUUCUCUUCAUCAGUAUCAUCGUCAGUCUGAACUUAACUCUAAGAAAGCUCAAAACUGAAGUUUCACAGAUGAAACAAAACAAGAUUAUGUUUUUUAAAACUCUGGCUCAGUUUGUGAUUUUUGGUUGUCCUUGGAUUCUGGGUCCCUUCAUUGACAGCAAAGUGGUGAAGAUUCUCUUCCUGAUCCUGAACUCACAGCAAGGAACCUUCAUCUUUCUGGUCUACUGUGUUCUCAGUGAUGAGGUCAGACAGCAGUAUGUGAAGUGGUUAAGAAAUCUCUUUUCUGGACUCAAACCCAAAACCAUCAAAAGUGGCUCCAACAACACUGCGGACUAGAUCAAAUUAAUGACUUCAUUCAGUUUUUAGAUUUAAUAUAACAAACUCUCCUUAAAUGUCAGCUGUCAGUACUUACA